CCUGUUAGCGUCCCUGUUGCGUAGAAACGAAUCGUCUGGGACGUCGUGCAGCAAAAAUUACUGUUCCUACGCAAGUUAAACUAUUCUUUUGAUGUAGCUGGCGCAGAAUAUUUUUUUAUUUAGCCACAUUAGUUUAUGUUAACUAGUCAGGUCAGUGCUAACUGUAUUAGCUGCUCAGUUGCGUGUGUUAUCGUCGUUUAUUUCUGCUUAUUGCUAAAGGUAGCGCUAUUUCGUAUCGGCUUCGCCACCAAUCACUCUAUAUAAUCUAUAAUCACCCAAUAGCACCAUAAACGGCUGCGUAACUGCGAUUAGCUUAUAGCAGACGUUAGCAUGUAACAAAUGACGCCCGCCGGACAUUUGUUGGCUUCGGUUAUGACCACAUUUGUUAAACUGAGACUGACAAAGCUUUUAGUUAAGCUUUAAUACUAAAAGCCGAUGGACACCAUUCUAAUACCAGCUAACCGGAGGAGCUAGCUACCGCUGUCGUCAUUUGGAGCUUCAUUUGAUUCCUCUCAAGUGUUAGUUUACUCAAGAAAUAACAAGGCGCGCUGGGAGAUGGCUAACGAUGUUGGCAGCAUCCCAGAUCUGGUCCAGAAGAAACACGAUGUUGGUGAAGUAGUCAAGAUUAUCUGUCUAGGAGACAGCGCAGUGGGUAAAUCUAAGCUGAUGGAGAGAUUUCUAAUGGAUGAAUAUCGUCCCCAGCAGAUGUCAACAUAUGCCUUGACGCUUUACCACCACCAAACAACCAUAGGAAACAAGAAUGUAGUAGUUGAUUUCUGGGACACUGCAGGUCAGGAGAGGUUUCAGAGCAUGCAUCCUUCAUAUUACCACAAGGCUCAUGCAUGCAUCAUGGUGUUUGAUGUUCAACGGAAGAUCACAUAUAAGAAUUUAUACAACUGGUACAAGGAACUGAGGGAGUACAGACCAGAGAUACCCUGUUGUGUGGUUGCCAACAAAAUCGAUGCUGACUUGAAAAUGGCACAGAGAAGCUUUAACUUUGGGAAGAAGCAUGGACUUCCUUUGUACUAUGUCUCAGCAGCUGAUGGGACCAAUGUAGUUAAGAUGUUCAGAGACAUGAUAAAGAAAGCCUUGGACUACAAGCAAAACCCCAGGGACUUCAUAGAUGAAGUGUUGCAAGAAUUAGAGAACUUUGACCUGGAGAAGAAAGAGGAGAACUCUGAAGCAGAUGAGGAUGGGCUGAAGACAGAGAGUCCAGAGUUCGUUUAAAGGGCGUUUUGUCUGUGUUAGGUGUUCCUGAUCAGAAUAAAAGUUCAGUUAUCUUAAUGGAAUACACAUUAGCUUUUAUCUUGUUUAUCAGGUUCACUCUGUGUUUAGCCCGGCCAUUUAUACUUUGACUUAUUCUUUAUUGCAAAAGUAAAAUGUCUGCUCAAGUGUGGAGAAAUAACUCUUUAUGUAAUAGUAAUGUGAAGCACCAGAAACUGACACAGCAAAGAGAAUGUGCAAUUAUAAACUGUAUUUCCUGCUGUUCUCGGUGUUUGUGUGUAGCGAUGUGUGCCGCCCCAGCAGGCGGCUGCAUUUUUUUGCUGCUUUACUUGCAUUUAUUUUAUGAUGUAAAUCCAGUUAUUUUUAGCGCCUUGUAAAUAAAAGCUUCAUGUACCAUGAAAA